GAUCUGGAGGAAAUUACCAAGAUGGAGGAAUGUGAGAGUCUCGACACGGAGAUGACAGAGCUGCAGGAGUUUCAGUGUGAAACUUCAGAUGCCAUCAGCCAGGACGAUGAAGACGAAGUGGAAGAGCUACAGAACAGUCUGCGAGAAGUUGUCCAGGACCAGUCGGUGAAGCCCAAACUCCAGUGCCUGAUGGUGGAUCCAUCGUUCUCAAUGGUAACAGUCCAGAGUGAGGACAGUGGUAUUGUUUGGGAGACGGCCUCUAGCCGCUGCUCUACUCCCUGGGCCUCCGAGACCAGCUCCACCUCUGAAGCUUACAGCAUGGAGGGCUCUGGAACAGCAGGAAAGAUCACCAUUGUCUUUGACGAGGAGAAAAUAGUCCGCAGGAGGACAAGGUCUGGAGGACGUAGCAGCAGGCUGGGGGACAGGCUGAGCCGACCUGGAAGUUCAAGAUCGGCUUCAGUUCUGGGAGUGGAGAGACCAGAGAUGGCUGAGGUUUCUCUUCCCAACGUCAAGCAGGAGAAAACUAAAACGGAACCAGACUUGGAGGAAAUAAAAAGCAAAGAUCAGCAGCUGUUUAGUUUGAUUUCAGAGGGUUAUGAGAUUCUCAACAUAAGAGUUCCCUCCAAACUUCCCACCGUGGAUGAAGAGGAGAGUACCGAGCUGCAGGACAAUUUGUCUUAUCUGGACCAGACUCCAAAGAUCAGGUCCCGAAACCACAAUGGCUGGACACAGCAACAGAAUCACAUCCUGCAGGUGGAGGAGGAGACACAAGAGUCCUCGAAGCAAGAUUCUUCUCAACCACCGGCAGCCACAGAGCCCAGCCCUACUGAAAAAGAGAGCACCAGUGACAUAGACUAUUUUGAGAAGUUCACUCUUUUGGAUGAGGUGGUUCCUGGAGAACAAGCACCAGAGCCACAGGAGGAGGCAGAACAGACUGCAGCGAAACCACAAGCAGAGGAGCAAAAACCUGCUAAGGAGGCAGCAACAGACAGCCCCUCUGCAUCCGAAGACUCUUUCGUAUUUGUUACAGAUGUGGAGAUAGUUGGAGAACAUCUGGAUGAGGUCUUCUAUGGAGAGGGAGCUCCCCCUGAGCGCAAGGAGGAAGACGAGGGGGAGGGAGGGAGGACGAGAACAAGACGAGAGAGCAAGAGAUCAACCAUGGAGAGUGGUUCAGUGUUGUUUGGGACUGAAGAGACCAUUCUCACUCCCAUCUAUAUCUCCCCUGGACCACCUAAGAUCAUUGACCCCAUCCUGCUGGAGGAGCCCACUGCCAUGUCCUUCAUGUACUCAGACCUUUACGAGGAUGCUAUGGGUGAGAGGAGGAGGAGCGAUGAGGAAUAUUCUGAACCAGAGAGCGUGACAUCUGAGAAGUCUUACAGGAGACGUAUGUCAGAUUCAGAGGAGGCUGACGGGUACCUGGAGAAGUUCAUUUUAAAAGAUGAAACUCCCACAGUGGAUGUUCAAGCAGAGACAAUGGAGGAUAAAGGUGAAGGGAGGAUGAUGUGGCCACAGAGUAAAUUUGAUAUGACAGGAUGUCUAGUAAGAGUAGCUGAAGAAGAUGACAAGGAAAAGACAGAAGCACAGGAACCGAAGACUCAGGAGGCAGAGGAACCAAAGAUCCAGGAGGUCUGUGUUGGAGAUCAGUGCGAAGGUCUACACUCAGAAGUGUUUGAAGAGAAAAGGGAAAUCAUUGCAGAAACAGACAAAGACAAGGAAGACAUACAGCUCUCCAUGGUGGCUGAUGAAGUUGCAAAAGAUCCAAUUCAGGAAUCUACACCAAUGCAGGAACAGAUGGAGGCUCAACAAGUGAGAGAUGACGUGAAAAUGGAGCAGACGGAGCCUUCUGAGCUUAGCACAGAAAAAACACUUUCUGGAACUCACCAGGUGGACAGUAAAGUAGAGGAAACAGAGGAAAAAAUAAGUAAACAAAGUGGUAUUGAAACUGAACGGCCAUUUGAGACACAAAAAGUGACAGAGAAAAUGGCUGAAGUGCUCGUAGUGACAACAGACAAGACGGCAGGGACAGAACCUGUGAGCAGUGAGGAGCCUCCAGUAGUCACUAAACCUGAAAUACAACCAGAAACCACUGAACAGAGUUUGUCUGAGGAGGCAGUGACUGACACCAAGAUGGUGGCUGCUGAUGAGGAACCAAUAGAAGAAGCCAAAACUGAAGUUGAAGUGAAAGAACCUGAGACAGCGAGGCAGGAAAUGCUCUCCCCAGCCGAACCCUCCAGUGAAAUAGAGACAUCGGCUGAAAUAUCACCAUGUGAGGGACCUGAAGCAGAAGAAGUUGCUCCUGAAGAUGUUGCACCUGUCGAGGUGAUCACUGACUGUGACUGUGGAGUGCACACCGUGGUGGAGGUGACUGAAAAAGCAGUAAAUGAAAAAGAGAUUCAAACUCAAGUUCAGAUCGAUCUUCAGGAAGCCACAAUCAUUCAGACAACUGCUGUUUCAACAGCAGCCCCUGAAGAAGAAAAAGAAUCUGAAUCUCUUCCAGAGGAACCAACUGCUGAGAACAAGUUGACUAAACGUGUAUCUGAGGCCGCUGGUCAGCAGUUCGAGGUUAAAACAGAGAUUUCUGGUGAAGUAACUGAACCUGUGAUGCCAGAAGAAGUCAAGACAGAUUUAGAUAUGAAACAUGAUGAAAUCCUUGAAGCUGAACAGCAGCACCGAGAGAUGACUGACUGUGGAUCAGAAACAACAAUAACAGAAACCAAAUCUAAAACUCCUGGUCAGGACAAGGUGAAUGUAGGUGAUGAGUUAAUCCUCCUCGUCCCCAAAGGACAAGCUGUUGAGAUGGACAUAGAGAUCAGUAAAUGGUCGGAGGAGAUUACAGAAGACACAGCAGCUCUGCCUGAACCCGAGAGUACAUGUGAACUUCAAGCACCACUGGAAGAAAAAAAGAUAGAACCUGAAAUGGAAACUGAACCAGAAGCUGUUGUAACUGAAAAAGAAUUACCCCAAAAUGAUUUGGACACAGAGUACUCACCAUCUGCACCUGUGGAGGAGGCUGACACAGACAAGCAAAUGGUGGAGGACCUAGAGGAAGACAAAGUUGUCUUUUCUCCGCUGAGGAGCUUUAGUCCUCUGGAGGAUUUAUCUGGUCUGCAUGGAGAGGACAUAGAGAUGAGUAAAUGGUCGGAGAAGAUUACAGAAGACAUAGCAGCUCUCCCUGAACCCGAGAGUACAUGUGAACUUCGAGCACCACUGGAAGAAACAAAGAUAGAACCUGAAAUGGAAAGCGAACCAGAAACCAUUGUAAUAGAAGAAUUACCCCAAAAUGUUUUGGACAGAGAAUACUCAAUACCUGCACCUGUGGAGGAGGCUGACACAGAGGAGCAGAGGGUGGAGAGGGACCUAGAGGAAGACAAAGUCGUCUUUUCUUCACUGAGGAGUUUUACUCCCCUGGAGGAUUUAUCUGGGCUGCAUGGAGAGGACAUACAGUCAGAGGAAGCAGAUUUGGAACAAAAGCCUGAGAUGCACAAGAUGGAAGAUGAACCAGAAACAAGCAUUAUUGAAGAGGAUGUAGUUCCAUAUGUUGAAAAGCACAGUGAGGAUCUAGAGCAAAAGAUGGAGCAGGAUGAGGCAGCUCCAGAGGCUUCAGAGGUGCCUGUGGAUGAGCUGGAAUAUGAAAUAAUAUCUGAGCAGGAAUCAAAAGAGAUACCAGAACCUGAAACAUUGAGAGAGCUAAUACCUGAAUCUGAUAAAAAGCAAGAAGACCAGAAGAUGGAGAUGGAGUUCGAGGAGGACAAGAAGGAAGAUCUUUUCUCAGAGGAAGAGCUAAUCGAGGCCGACUAUGAAAUAAUCGACGCAGAUGAGGAGAAUCAGGCCCGACUGGCUGCUGAGCUGCAGGGGAUGGACUGGUUCUGUGUCACAUGUGGAUGUCUGCUGUCAGAGGAGGACUGUGAGGCUGGAGAGCAUUGCAGCCAUGAGGUGAUGGCUGUGGACAAAGUCUAUGAGGAAAUCAAGGAGAAGCUGAGUGGCUGGAUCUCAGAGCUUCAGGAGAGAUCAGAGAACAUCGAGGACUUGGUGUCUGAGCUGGAGCUGGCCUACAACUCUGUAGAGGACCAGUGUGUGGAGAGCGAGGCAGCGAUGCAGGCACAGAAUGAGGAGAUGAUGGCUCUGGUGAUGGAGCAGUACAACAACAUGUCCGUCAGCAUGGAGGAGGAGAAGAAGACCAAGUUGGAACAGCUCUACGACCAGAUCGUCUCCUUCCAGGAGAGCAUCGACUCCGCCAAGGCUACUCUGGAGACCACGGCCAGAGAGGCUGAGACUGAUGCACGGUCACCUGAAGACAUUCAUGAAAGACUCAAAGCAGCUCUGGAUGCAGCCUUGUCACUGGAGCUGGGUCCCAAAGGACUGCUGGUGUUCGAGGACUACGCCAAGGCCAAUACUUCCAGCUCGAACCUCGCACAGCGCAAAGGAAUCCCAGUGCCUCAGAGACCCACCCUGCAGGCCCAGGAGCCAGGAUCAGCCGCCAGCACCAGUGUCACUGUUUACUGGAAAGUCAACCCUGGAGAUAUCAUAGACUGCUUCCAGGUCUACUGCAUGGAGGAUCCACAAGGAGCUGUGUCAGAGGAGUACCGCGUGACAGUGAAGGAGAGUUACUGCGUCCUGGAGGAACUGGAGCCUGACAAGAUGUACAAGGUGUGGGUGAUGGCUGUCAACUAUACAGGCUGCUCUCUGCCCAGCGAGAGACUCAUCUUCAGAACCGCUCCAUCAGUGCCAGUGAUUGACACAGAGCGCUGCACCAUCAUGUGGAAUUCAGCCACACUGAGAUGGAGCUCAGCGAAACAGACGGCCGGACAGAGUUACACUUUGGAGUACUGUCGCCAGUACGAACUGGAGGGAGAAGGUCUCAGAUCCAUCUCAAGUAUCACAGUCUGUGAACAGAAGGUUCUCCUGCAGCCCAAUGAGAAUUACCUGUUUUAUAUCAAAGCUGUGAAUGAGGCCGGUGCCAGCGAACAGAGCGAGGCUGCUCUCAUUUCCACCAAAGGGACGAGGUUCCACCUGUUGAAAGCGUCGGCUCACCCGGCUCUGGAGCUGUCAGAGAACCGGACCACCGUGCACUACACCCAGGAGGCACACAAAACUACCAUAUCGUCAGACAAACAGUGUCCAUCCAUCCUGGGGGAGCUGCUACCAGCCCAAGGACUCUACUACUGGGAGACCAUUGUGUCAGGAAGUGCUGCUUACAGGCUGGGGGUAUCGUACAGCACAGCCAAUACAAACAGCCCAUUGGGGGAAAACAACCAGUCAUGGAGUUUGCAGUGUAUUCCCACACCAUCAGGUUGCAGGUAUCAGUUACUCCACAAUCACAUCCGGUCCAGUGUGUUUGUGAUCGAGAUGCCUGAGCGAGUGGGCACACUUCUGGAUUACCAGCUUGGCCAACUAUCCUUCUACAAUGCCCAGAACGGUCAGUUGUUGGGCACCUUCAGACAGCGCUUCACCCAGCCGUGCCACCCCGCUCUGGCCCUGGAGUUACCGGGGAGCCUGGAGGUCGACAUGGUGCUGGAGGUGCCGGAGUUUACCAAGGACAGCUAGCUCUGCAGCAUCCCUCACUCACUGGAUAGUUUACAGUUCAUGUUGGACAUUUGUGGGUUUAAAUGAUCUUACUUUCUAAUGAUUAAAAUGACCACUACUGCAGAAUAAGACUAACAGCAUGAUUGGGUUUUAAUUGUCUGAGCUGACCUCAUUCAUGGGUUUGUGUGUUUUUAGAAAAAGGAACUUUGUCAGUAUACAACUAGGUUUUCUUCACAUAAACACAAGUUAAAUUUAACUCUAUUUUUGGAAACAGAAAUGGAAAAAAUUCUUGUAAAUAUCAAAAGUAGUGAAGUAAAAAUGAAUGAUGACUGUGUGAAAUAUAAGUGAACUGGAAUUGAGUAUACUGAAAUAUUUCAUGGAUGAGUUUCUUGGAUUUUGUUUUGUCAAAGGAGAAGUGAAAUGUCAUGGAUCAUUUUGUAAUUUUGACCAUAAAAUAUGGCGAUGUGACGGUUUUAUACUGUUUUGUAAAUGUUGUUUUUUUUUCUCCUUUUCUCCUGUUUCUUCAGACAGUUAGCAACGGUUUGAAAAACAUAUUGAAGUCAAACACUUGCUGUAUGAUUACUCACUUAAUAAGUAAUAAUUCAAAUCUUGUGAGUUCCUAUCUUCAAAAAUACUGUAGCACUUUUCCAGCUGUUUCAUAAUGUGAAUAGGCCUGUUUUGUGUAAAUAAUAUUUUUAAACAGAUGUGAUCCGUUUUCUGUUUUGUUAUGUGCUACUGAUGACAAAUGCAGAUCAGUUGUUUUUCUUUCCUUGUCUUGUAAACUGAUUUUCUCGUCUGAGCUGAAAGAACAUGAUUAUUUUUCUAUUUGCACAA